AUGGACAUAAAGAACGGAAGUGAUUUGACGCUGCUUUUUGAGGAUCCGUGGCGCAGUAUUGACUGGCUGCAGCGCAAGGGGCUGCUGAAACGGGAUCAGCUAUGCCCGAAAUGUGGCGGGUCCAUGAAGCCGAAGAAGAUGACCGGUGGCGACCGCUACAAGUGGUUGUGCCGCCGGAAGGCAUGUGCAACUGCUUGUAGUAUUCAGACGGGCUCCAUCUUCUACGACUCGAAAGGAAGUUUGAAGCAGCUGACGCGGCUGAUGUAUGAAUGGGCCGCCAAAUCGCCAGUUAGCCGUGCGAUGACGGAGACCGGCUUGAGUCGAUGCGCUGUCCUCGACUGGUAUAAACUGCUCCGCAGUUUCCUUUUCGAUUUUGUGUUCGACAGUACGUCGAGGCAAAUCGGCGGAGCAGGGAUGACCGUCGAGGUCGACGAGACGAAAGUCGCUCGCCGGAAGUACCACGUUGGGCGAGUGCGGGAGUCUCACAAGGACUGGUUGGUUGGUGGCAUUUGCCGGGAAACUGGUGACAUUUUCCUGGAGCGUGUGCAGACCAGGACUCGUGAAGUACUCCACGAGCUAAUCCAGCGACACGUAGUCUCCGGUACCCGCAUCCUAUCGGACUGCUGGGCGGGCUACAAUGGGCUUGGUGCCCUUGGGUACGAGCAUGCGACAGUUAACCACUCACGCAAUUUCGUCGACCCGUUGCAGGGUGAUGUACACACGCAACGGAUCGAGAAUGUGUGGCGGUGGCUGAAGCAUUUUCUCCGCCAAAAGGGCACCAAUAUCCAUGGUUCGUUGGAGGGCUACUUUGCGGAGCACAUGUUCCGCAAAGAGCACAAGACGGACGUCUUCGCGGCCCUGAUCGACGUGCUCGCUCGCGAAACAUGUUGA